UCUAGACGUAGCCAGGAUGUAUGCAAUGAACAUUUACUGUGGUUAAGAAAAAAGGUCAGUUUUCUAGAAAAGGUCAGUUUUCUAGGGUACAAGAAAGGAAAUCACUGCAUAUUCUGUUUACAAAAUUAAAACAAAUGAAUCCAACAGUGGGUUUUACUUAAAAUUUAUACAAUUUAUAAUGCAGAGAAAAUAGAUCAAAUAGACUAAACUAUUGCUAUAACUCUUGACUGAAAAUGUAAGGGCUCUGAUCUUUCGAUCUGAAAGUGUAGGAUAACAGGAUUCAAGUAUGGCUCAGUGAUGACUUAUUAGAAAAUAUAUAUUAUAAAAUCAACUCCCUACAAUUCCAUAAUAAAAAAGUAGAUGUCUACUUUGAAAAAAACUUUGAUUAAUGUAUUAAAUCGUUACAUUUUCUUAUCUUUAAUAAUAUUACUAUUCAGUAUUGAAUGUACCUACAUUUAUUAUCAUAACUACCCUGGUUAGAUAUCAAAAAGCAAAUUUUCAUCUUGAUUAGUAAUAGCUAGUGGUGUUGAAUCUUUGUUUUAUGUGACACACACAGUUCAUGUAAAACAAAAGGAACUACCAAGUGUGAUCUUACUAAGCCAGUAUCCUGAAAGCACACAUAUGGGACGUAUUUAAUUUUAGUCACAAGAAGUCAAUAGGAAAGAAGGGUGAGAGGUUAAGAUCUGGUACCAUUGAAGUCAAGGUCAAUAAACUCAUUAACUUCAAUAAAGCUAGUUAUUCCCUUGCUCACUAGUCCUGAAAUGAGGUACACAGAGGCAGACCUCUGUGGCCCACAUUAUGACAUCAUUAUGUCAUUUUAAUCUUCACCUAUUAUUCUUAAAAAGGAUUUCCAUAUUUAUUGCGUCUCAAAUACUUUCACAUAGAAUUUGUGCAGCGUACAAUUUUAACUCAGCAGCCACCACUGUAAAUUCAUCACUAAUUCUGAAAAACUGUUAUAUAGUUUUGUUUUCUCUUCUCAAUGAUCAUCAACUAUAAUGAAUAUUCCACAACUGAAAUUAUUUUCUUAAUUGUGCUAUCUCCAAUUUAUUAUUACAGUUCAAAUUUGUGUAAUGUCAUGAAUCUACAAAGGGGAUAAUUGAAGCCACAGGUUUCAUUUUUCAUCAUAAAAGAUGAUAGGGAUGAUGAACAAAGGAAAGAACUCAAGGUGGAUUUUGGAUCUCACUGGGAAGUGUUUUAGGUGAGAAUGGGGGAAGAAAGAUGGAAACAAUUUCAAAAAGUAAUCUGUAAACUGGAUUAAUUUAACCUCAGGUUUAUAGAUAGAUAAAUAUGGAACUUUAAUACUUUUCACAAAAGUGCUAUUUAAAGUACAUUUAAUUUGUGUUUAAACUAAUUUCUUUUUACUUUAAUCUCUCUUUCAGAAAUAGAUCACAAAGAUUCACAGGGCUCAGGCUUUGUGUCCUCCAUAAUAUAAGCAGCUAUAAACCAUUAUUGAAUUUUAAACUAAAAGCUAGAACCAUUUUUUAAGACUGUCCCUACAGUGAAACAUUUGCAACUAUUAGUUCUGACUAUUGGUGUGUAAAUUGUUUUUGAUUGGUUGGAAAAUAUAACAGCCAAUGGUGACAUGGUAUCUGAAGCAGACCAAUUAUGAAGUAGUAUGUGUUGGUGCUAUCAUGUCUCUCUCUUGUAUCAAAUAGGAAUUCGGAUUGAAAAAGCUACUCAUUUGCAUACAUUCCCUAUAAAUAAAAGUGUAGCUACAGUCUAUAAGCUAUGGUCCUUGAGCUACCACAAGCUACUAACAUGCCAGAGCCAGCAAAAUCUGCACCUGUUCCCAAAAAGGGCUCUAAGAAAGCUGUGACCAAGACUCAGAAAAAAGGGGAUAAGAAAAGGAAAAAGAGCAGGAAGGAAAGCUACUCUAUCUAUGUGUAUAAAGUGCUGAAACAAGUUCACCCAGACACCGGUAUUUCUUCCAAGGCCAUGGGCAUCAUGAACUCCUUUGUAAAUGACAUUUUCGAGCGCAUUGCGGGGGAAGCCUCUCGCUUGGCUCAUUAUAAUAAGCGCUCAACCAUCACUUCCCGUGAGAUCCAGACUGCAGUGCGUCUGCUUCUGCCGGGGGAGCUGGCCAAACAUGCGGUGUCUGAGGGCACUAAGGCUGUCACCAAGUAUACUAGUUCUAAGUAACUUAAACUUUUUCAGCCAUAACCCAAAGGCUCUUUUCAGAGCCACCCAUCCUCUCAAUGAAGGAGCUUUAUUACUAGUUUCUUUCUCUUUGCGGAACAAUUCGUGUAUAGAAAGCAGGAUUUUGUUUUCAAAAGCACACUAAAUACAGCUUUACUAAAAAUAAAACUUUAUUUACUCUUUCAGUUACUACUUUCCUGAGUGUUAGGGGGUAGCUGAGUUAGUCUGUACAGGAUAAACAAAAA